UUGUAUGCUAAAUAAAGCUUAUUGACAGUGGACGUCUGACGCGCGUGUUUCCGGCCGGUGGAACGCGGAAGUGUUAGUGAAACUCAGGGUGCGAUAGAUAGUGAACUGUGGCGAGAGACGGUGUCCCUGUCAUGUCAGCCCUGGCUGGUGUGGAGAACUCGGCUGGUGCCGUGCUGAGGAGGGCGGUGGAGCUGGAUGGCAAUGGGCGCUAUCAGGAGAGUCUGGUCUGCUAUCAGGAAGGCAUAGAGCUGCUCUUGCAAGUUCUCAAGGGCACAAAGGAUGAAACAAAGAAAAACCAUUACCGGCUGAAGCUGAGAAGUUACAUGGACAGAGCUGAGCAAAUCAAACAUCAUGUCCUUAAAGAAAAAGAAGAGGGAAAAUAUCACAAGCAAAUUAAGAUAGUAGAAAAUGCAACUGGCUAUAGCUAUGAAAAUCUUUUCAAACCCUAUGUGGAUGAGACGCUCACAGAAGUUUGGGUGGAGGACCCUUACAUCCGACACAUGCAUCAAUUGUAUAACUUUUUACGAUUCUGUGAAAUGUUGAUAAAAGGUCCUUCCAAAGUCAAGAAGAUCAACUUGUUGACUUCGAGAGAUGAAGAGAAUGUCAAGGAUCAACAAAUGAGCAGCUUGCAAGAGAUCACAAAUUCAUUGCAGGAAUUUGGUGUAACACUGGAGGUCACUUUUUCCUCAUCCAUCCAUGACCGGGAAAUCAGAUUUAACAACGGCUGGAUGAUUAAGAUUGGACGAGGUCUUGAUUACUUUAAGAAGCCUCAGAGCCGGUUUUCCAUAGGCUACUGUGACUAUGAUCUGCGGCCCUGCUACGAGACAUCAGUUGAUAUUUUCCAUAACAACCACACUCGGAAAACAUGACUAAAGUCUGUACGAUGGAGCGAUCUGAAAGGAUUUUAGGCAAGUCAGGGUGUUUUAAAAAAAAAAAAAAACGGUCUGGAAUGUCUUCUUUUCCAGAGCUGAAAUAUGUUUCUGCCAUUUUGCAGGUACAUAGAGCUCCCAGCAGCGUUAAGAUUCUGAUUGUGCACAGUUUCUGCUGGGACUCUGGAUGUCGGGGAAAGAAACUAUUACAGGGUUUAAUCCAUUUUUAGUUGUAUUUUCAGAUGUUGAUUGGCCAUGGUUUUAAAGCAUGCAAACAUGAUUUUCCUGCUUUAUUAUUUCAUGUGAUGUUCGAUAUAUUGGAAAGUAAAGGUGACAAUUUGCUUUUCUAGGUAUAAAGAAGAAAGGGGCAAUAUCUAAGGCCGUAAUAAUCUGACUGAGCUUUUCAUAGUCGUGUUUUGCAUUGUAAUGAACUUUGGUCUGUAACAUUGAGCUCUGGCUUGUACUAGUGGUUCUACAGUUGUGCACCAUAUUCGUCGUCAUUGCUAUUUUCCAGAUUGCUCAUUUUGUUGUUUAAUUAUGUGGUUAUACUUUUUCCAUACAGUAUCUGUAAUUAUAUUGUUACUGGACACCAAGCUCUGAGUGUAUGUGUUUAUAAUGUCCGAUUGUACUUUGGUAACCAUAAUUGAAGUCAUUCAUUCGAGCUUUGAAGUUGUAGUUACAAUAUUUGCAUGGCAAAGCUUAUUCCAAAAAUGAUUAUUAUAUGUGCCUCCUUUCAUUCUGUUCUCAUAUUGAGAAUUGUAUUUUAAUACUGUAUUUUAUAUGUAUUUAUCACUUUUAAUUAAAAAA